AUUGACCCAUUCUAAUCCGCCAUUAAAAUCUGAAAUUCAAGCCCCUUUCCCUCUCUCUCUCUCUCUCUCCCCCAAUCGGAUUCACAAUCAAAUCACUCUCCGAUUUCAAUCCUUCCUCUCAAGCGCACGAUUUCAUCUGAAGAAGAAGAAGAAGAAGAAGAAGAAGGUUUUUGUUGUUACCCGUGCCUUGAGGAAUAUGGAUGUGCAAGCUCCGGAUGUGGAUCUUCCGACGACGGAUAAAGAAAUUGUGCCGGAGAAGAUUGAGGACGAAGAGAUCAAAGAGCCUUCGUUCCAUUGCGAUCUCUGCGAUGCAGAAAUGGUUCAUAAAGUGGCUCAGCUUUUCCUUCCUGGAUUGGCCACCGCGUGCGUCGAUAACACGAGCGGCGAUAUCUUUCGAACCCCUGGCUCGGUGGCUGCCGAUAUGAGGAAAGAAAUGGUGGAUUAUAUCACAAUGAGAAGCGAAACUUGUGUUGCGGAAUCUGUAAUUCUGGAGAAUGCGCCGGAUGCAGAGGUAUCUGAUCAUCCUUACGAUAUUAUCUCUGAUUUUGUUGAAGAUUUUGUUUCUACGAAGAGGAAUUUGUUUAGUAGAGUUUCAGGAUGGGUUCUGAGUGAGAAAAGAGAGGAUAAGAUAGAUGAUUUUGUUCAGGAGAUGGAUAUUAAUGGCUUCUGGCCACUUGAUAGGAGAGAAACCAUUGCCCAGUCUUUGCUUAAGAAUGUAGAUUUUAAGAGCGAGUUUCACUGUGAUAAGAAAUUUCAAUCUGUUGAGGAGCUAGCUGAGCAUGUUGAUAACUGUGGGUUUAGGUCUUUAACUUGCACAAAUGAAGGCUGCACUUCUAGAUUCUGUGCAAGCCACGCAGAACAGCAUGAUUCAGUCUGCCCCUUCAAGAUAAUUUCGUGUGAACAGAAGUGCUCCGCGCUUAUCAUGAGACGCGAAAUGGACCGACAUUGUAUAACAGUUUGUCCUAUGAAGCUUGUGAACUGCCCCUUCCAUAAUUUGGGUUGCCAAUCCCCUGUUCCUUACUGUUUGAUAGCGGAGCAUUGUACAGAGAGUUUUGAUUCUCACUUGCUGUGCAUUCUUCACUCUGUACAUAAGGAAGCAUCUGAAGAGACUCUUAAAUAUAGACGCCAACAGCUUCAAGAGGCUGAAUCACUUGAUCACCUUAGAGGGCUUCAAAACCUCAGAUUGUUAACCAAGAAAAUCAAAGAAAUGGAGUCUAACUUAGGACCAUUAGUAGUCAUCAGCAAGGAGGAGGAGACUGAAGAAGAGAAGGACGCCUCUAAUGAAACUGAAGAAACGAAGGUCGCCUCUAAUGCAGUCGAAGAAACGAAGGAUGCCUCUAAUGCAGUGGAAGAAACAAAGGAUGCCUCUAAUGCAACUGAUGAAGAAACGAAGGAAACUAAAGAGGCUUCUAAGGCAACUGAGGAAACAAAGGAGGUUCCUAAGGCAACUGAAGAAACGAAUGAUGCUUCUAAUGAAAAAGAAGCGACAAAGGACGAUCCAAAAGAAAAAGAAGAAACAAAGGACGCUUCCAAAGAAAACGAAGAAACGAAGGAUGAAGUAACAAAUGUCGUAACAAGGGACGUCUCUGAAGUGAAGGAAGAAACUAAGGAUACAUUUUCUGAUACAAAGGAAGAAUCAAAUGAUGCUGUUUCCAAUGUGAAAGACGAAGCGAAGGAUGCUUUUUCUGAUGCAAAGGAAGAAUCAAAUGAUGUUUUUUCUAAUGCAAAAGAAGAAGCAAAUGAUGCAUUUUCUGAUUCGAAGGACGAAUCGAAGAAUGCUUCUGAUGCAACCGAAGAAAGGAAGAGUAGUUCCAAUGUAAUGGAAGAAAGUGAAGAAAGGAAUGGCAGUUUUAAUGCAACUGAAGAAACAAAGGGAGCUUCUAAUCCAAGAAAUGUUGAGGAUGAAGCUGAAAGAUAAAUUUUGAGUCUCAUUUGGCGAACAGGUCCAACCACAAGAUACUUCAUUUUUGUCCUUUUUUAUGUUUCCUUUGUUAUUCUUUUAUUAUACAGUCGGUUUGAUUCAUGUUUCCCAAUGAAAUUUUGUAAAGUAGUUUCUUAUGAUGGCUCCUCUUAAUCUGCCUUAAAUUUUGACCUAAGAUGCUGUUAUUGUUCUAGCUUUGAAUGGGAUAAAAAGGGAGCUCGAUAUUUUAAGUAUAA